AAGGUGAGCCCCCCCCCCGCCCCCGGCGACGCCGAGGCCUGGAGAGGGCCCAAGAUUAAGGUCGGACGAUGCCCUGGCCCCUGCCUGGCCCCAACCCCCGGGGGCCACCUCCCCCCACCUCGCAGCCCGCAGGCCCACGCCGCUAGAAUAUUCGGAUAUUCGGGCCGGAGCAAGGGAAGGGCUCGGCUGGGGCCGCGGGCCGCAGCCCAUGGCGCCCAAGAAGCAGCGCGGGGCCAGCGUGGGGCGCCGGCCAGGCGCGGGGGGGGACGGCGCUGAGCCGCCGCUGUCGGAGCGCGCGCAGUACCUGCAGCGCGAGGACACGCUGCUCUCGGAGGAGCUGGGCGCCUGCCAGGCGCGCGUGGACCAGGUGCUGCGGGACAACGCCUUCCUGGACGCCGAGGCGCUGCGCCUGCGCGAGGAGAACCGGCUCCACGCCAGCUACGCGAGCGCGCGCUCCCGCCGCUGCCCCCGCGCCGUGGUGCGGCUGGACGAGCAGCACCGCGCGGACCUGACGCAGCUCCAGGGGCAGCGGGCCGAGCUGGCCUCGCUCUUCCGCGGCCGCGAGGACGGCGUGCGCACGCAGCUGCUGGAGAGGGAGGCGCGCGCAGCGCAGAUGGCGCGGCAGGUGCAGGAGCUGCAGCCCUACAAGGAGCUGCAGCUGGAGCAGUUGGCCCGCAUCCGGGCGCUGGAGCGCGAGCUGCUGCACAUGCGCGUGGAGCACACGCAGCUGCUUCGCCGCGUGAAAAGGCGUUUCCUGGAGGACAAGGCGGCCUUCGAGCGCGAGGCGCGUCAGCGGGUGCAGUCCCUGGCGCGACGCGCCGAGCGGGAGGCAGCGCGGGCGCUCAUCGCGCACACGCAGGCCAUCAGGGCGGACAACGGGCGCCUGCGGCAGGAGCUGCUGCGGCUGCUUCGCUGGGCUCAGCUGCUGCACCACACGCGGCGCCAGCUGCUGGAGCAGCGCGAGCAGCUGCGGCGGGAGCACCAGGACACUCGGGACCUGGUGCGCGUGCACGGCUGGCUGCGCCGGGGCCCUGACGGCCCGCCGCUGUGGCAGCCGCCGCCCGCCUCGCAUCCCGUGUCCCCCGCCGCCUCCACGGCCCCGUCGCGCGUGGCCUCCCGGGCCCCGUCCCGCGCGGCCUCCCAGAUCCUGUCAUCGCUCCCGUCGCAUGUGGACUCCUGGAUCCCAUCACGGGCCCCCUUGGGGGCGGGUUCACAGGCUCCAUCCCAGCCCUGGAGGAACGUGGGCGCCCGGGUCCCAUCCCUGACCCUGUCCCUGACCCCGUCCCGCCCGGGCUCCCUGACCCCAUCCCUGACCCCGUCCCACAAGGGCUCCAGGGUCCCGUCAUUGACCCCGUCCCACCAGGGUGGCCGGGCCCAGUCCUUGCCCUCGUCGCGCCCGGGCUCCCAGGUCUCUUUGUGGGCCCCUUUAGCUGGUGCCUCACAGAGCAACACUCCUGCUAAGUCGGCCUCGGGAUCAGGCUUCUCCUGUCCCCCAGUCCAAGGAGACCGCGGACACUGACGCUGCAGCGGAAGCCGCCCGUGGAGACGUGGAAUCGCGCGGGGCCGUGGGGGGCGUGUGAAGGUGAGGGCGCGCGAGCUCAGGUGUUUGGUGCCCGCAGCGUUAAUAAAGGUGUGAGCGGCAUGGCCCGCUGGCGCUCCCGCCGCA